AUGGAUGCCGCGGCCUAUCAAUACAGGCCCCCCAAGCCCAACUACCUCCCACACAACAUCGAGGCCGAUGAUCCGAUCGUGGAGGAGUACGCGGUCCCACUCGGUAAGGCCGACGACCGCGAAAAUGCCAUCUUUUUCAACAAGAUGAAGUUUGCUGCCCAGGAGUACAACAUCGUUCGCCCCAAGGGCUACACGGUCUCGUACCACGCCACACCGGAAAUGGAGAAGCACCACUUUGGACAAACGCAUCCCAUGAAGCCAUGGCGCUUAACGUUGACAAAAAGUCUGGUCACGUCAUAUGGCAUGCCCUUUGCCAUGGACAACUACGUGACGCGGGAAGCCACGUACGAGGAGCUCAACACGUUCCAUUCCAGCGACUACCUCGACUAUCUGAUAACAGCCGCGCCCGAGGAUCAGCCUCGCGAUAUUGAGAACCCUGAUAAAGAAGUGAAAUACAAUCUAGGAGGUAGUGACUGCCCACUCUUUCACGGUCUAUACAAUUAUUGCUCCAUGUCCGCGGGUGUUUCGUUGGACGCCGCUCGCAAGAUCACGAGCAACCAGUCGGACAUUGCGAUUGCUUGGGCCGGCGGGCUGCACCACGCCAAGCGGUACGAGGCGUCGGGCUUUUGCUACAUCAACGACAUCGUCCUCGCCAUUCUCCAACUACUGCGCACCCACCCGCGGGUGUUGUACAUCGACAUUGACGUGCACCAUGGUGACGGCGUGGAAGAGGCCUUCUUCUCGACGGACCGGGUCAUGACGGUCUCGUUCCACAAGUACCACCCGGAGACCUUCUUCCCGGGGACGGGCGCGCUCGAGGACAACGGGCCGAAGAGUGAGCACAACCCUGGGGCGCACCACGCUAUCAACGUGCCGCUGCAGGACGGCAUCACGGACGCACAGUACGAGUGGCUCUUCGAAAGCAUCAUCGGCGCCAUCAACGAGCGCUACCGGCCGAGCGUCAUCGCGCUGCAAUGCGGUGCCGACUCGCUGGCGGGCGACCGGCUCGGCCGCUUCAACCUCCGCGUCGAGGGCCACGGGGCGUGCGUGCGGUACUGCAAGAGUCUCGGGAUCCCGAUGGUCGUCUUUGGCGGCGGUGGAUACACGCCACGGAACGUCGCGCGGGCGUGGGCGUACGAAACAUCCAUUGCGAUCGGCGCGGACGACCGGAUUCCCGAGACGAUUCCGGAGCACGCGCCGUGGCGCGAACACUUUAUCCACGAGACGCUGUUUCCUACGCUCGAGCAAAGCAUGCAUGAGCCGCGGCAUAACCGCAACUCGGAGAAGAGGCUGCGGGAGAUUGUCACGCAUGUGCAUGAGCAGCUGCGGUUUGUGGCUCAGGCGCCGAGUGUCCAGAGUGCUAUCAUCCCGCCGGAUUUGGGACCGAUUCGAGACGAUGUGGAGGCGCGUUUGAAGGAGGAGAAUGAAGAGAAGAACGGGGCACUCAGGCGGAUUCGAGAGGAGGGGCUAGGGCAGGAGAUGGAGUUUUAA